UCAGCUCUUGCCUGAAAUGAGCCAACACGCAGCGGUCAACGAAGGAAAGCGGUAAACAAAGAAAACCACCAUGGAGGACUUUGCGAGCAUAAAACCCAACAGUUCGGUGGUCAAGUUGGCCGCCUGCCUGGAGAAGAUCUACACGAAGGUGGUGGACAGCCGGGUGAAGCAGUUGCCGGAGCACCAGAUCAAGGAAAUAGAGUUCCUCAAGUCGCAGUGCAAGCACGACCACAUGCAACUUAGUUUGAUGAGCUGCCAAACGCUGGUGCGCCUGGUGGACGAGGGCCUCCUGGAGGCCAACGGGGUGCAGAACAGCCUGCUCUCCAUGUUGGCCAAUGCGGGUCCCAUGCACUUUGCCAUCAUCACUGAGAGCAUUUUGGGUCUCCAGCUGCUGAAUUUGCAGCGCAAGACCUCUUCUCUCAAGGAUCAGGAGUCCUACCAGUGUGCCUAUGGCCUGAAAACCCAGCAGCAUCCGCUGAUCUCCCUGCUGCAGCACUCGAGUGCCAACAUGCAUGAUGUGGCCAACAAGAUUAUUGGCAUUUGUCAGCAUCACGAUAAAGGCAUUCGGGACUACAGCAUAGAGUUCUUAAGGCCCGUCUUCUUCUACGUAAUCUGCAAUCCCCAAACGCUGCACGAUGUGAAGCCCAUUUGGACGUGUCUGCUGAAUCUAAGUGGCAAUCAACCGGAGGCGCGUGCCAUGAUGCAGGAGCUGCUGGCUUGGAGCAAGUUCAAUAAUGCUAGCACUUGUCUAUGCACCAGCAUCCUGGUCAUUGAGGCCAUCGAUCACUUUCUGCAGCGAGAGGAUCACGCGCAGUCCAUUGAUUUGGCGCUCUAUCAGGCCUGUCUCAUUAAACAGCUGGCCAAUUACGGCAUUGAUCCGCGGCCGAGUCUGCAGUGCCUCCUUCGAGUGCUCCAUGCCACGCGGGAGCACACAAAGGAUCACUAUCACGUGCUGCUGGUGCUUCUCGCCGAGGUUUUGCAUGUGCUUUCCCCCUUUUACCUGGCUGAUGUGCUGCGCAUCAUCGUUUUCGUGGUCGUGCAGGAGGGCUGUGGCCAUGAAUACAUUCUGAACAUGUGUCUGGACGGAAUUAUUCAGUGGAUGUCUCAGACUGCAUUCAUACCCGCAGAGGGCUUGGCUUUGGCUCACCAGAUAGUCCAAAGGAUACUGGAUACGAAUCAGGAGGGGGAAAUAAUCUCCACGAAACAAUUGAAACCCGCUCAUAUGCGCAACUAUCACCCGGACAUUGCGAUUGCCUUUGACUUGGCUACUUUGGUGGAAUCUUUCGAUGCCUCCGACAACCAGGAUGUGUUUGCCUUUGUGGACGCCCUGAAUGUCAAGGCGAAUACGGCCUUUUGCCAGCGACUGCAUCUCUUCCUGCGUGCGCUAUUCCUAUCGAAAAAGCCGCCCGUAGAUUGCUGGUUUAAAAUCUACGAGGUGAUCCUGCAAAUCGUCAAGGUGAACGAAGGUAUAGCCUACGAUUUCCUCAUGACCUACAUCUUUAAGCUGGCCCACGAAAACAAUCCGGAGUUGCAGCUGGAACUGCUUAGAGGAUUGGCCAGCUUUGCCGUGUCCAAGGACAAUGUACCCAUGAUACUCAACACUAUAAGGAAUCUAUCCACCGAGAAUGGCACCUUCUGCGUGGAUUUGUACCUGCGCUUGUGGCGAGUGGAAGCGCGUACUUAUCCCUUCCUUUUGAAACAGAUUGCCCAACCACUGCCGGAUAAUGACAAACGCUGGGAGCUGCAGAUAGCCCGCACCCAUGCCAUGCGGGAAAUCUGCCAGGAGAAACCCACUUUACAUGGCUCGGAGUUGCUGCCGCAUCUGAGCAACACCCUGAACAAUUCCUUCGACAAGGCGGGGGAUUUGGCCACCUCCUUGGCCCUGGAUGCCAUUUACGCUCUGUGUGAUAGUCACACCGUAAACAUUGCUUCCACUUGGCAGGCGCUGGGCAGCAAAUUCCGGAAUGAGCAGCGGCCACAGACGCUCAAGUCGCUGUAUAAACUCUUCGGUUUGGUUCCACUGCUGCAGACUCCUACGCUGGAGUACGAGAAGCUGGCGGAUGAUGGCCUGGAGCAGCUGUGGCAAGCUAUAAGCAGACCGGGAACAGAUGUCGCCCAGGUGCGGAAUGCCCUGGCUGCCUUGAAAAACUACGAGCCGGGAGUUACCUUAAACCUGCGCCACAUUCCGGCACAAUUUCGCUUUGAAAUCGUUGGAGGAGGAGUGGCUGUUGGCCGGGAAAUAGUGGAUCUGCAGCAGGAAUCGGUGCCCGGCGAGGUGUGGGUUCAGCUGCUACAGAAGAUUCGGCCCGAGUGCGGCGAUGCUGCGGCGGAUUUGAUUUCCCAUCAUAUUGGCAGCGAGAUUGGCGGCUUUCGGAGCGGAGUGUAUCGCCUGCCGGAGGGAAAGCCGGAGCCACGCAAGCUGGUGGGCUUGUUUGCCACAAGUCCACUGCGAGCAGUGACCAAUUACCUGGUGAGCCAGGCGCGCUUCGGGGAUUACGUUCCGGAACCCUAUGCCGUGACCUUUGCCCUGCGGUCGCUCUCGAAAAAGUUUCCCAAACCGAUUCCUCCGCUGGACUGGAGCUGCCUGACGAGCUUCUUCCACUUGUCCUUCGAUGCGAGAAAGUAUUGCAUUAUGAUAGCCAAAAAUCAGGCAGUGAACUCGGGAACUGCCAAGCGUCUGUUGGAGAACUUUCUGGUCGACUUUGAGCCCAACUGCUUCGAGGAGGAUCUGCUGCUGCUCUUCUCAUUGCUGCCGGAGAUUGCCAACAGCGUGAGCCUGCAGAUCCUGAAGAACUUUGCCGAGAAGGUGGCCGUUUACUGCUUUAAGGAGUCGCAGCUGAAUGACUUUGUGGAGGGUUGCUUGUUUGAAAAGUUCUUGGAAAGCGUCAAGUACAUUUUCACCGGCAAAUGCGACAUUCCCGAGGUUUUAGAUGUCUUUACGCUCAUUGUGGAGCGCUACAUGGACUCGAUGAAUCUGGAUUCGCGGCUCUUCGAACGCUACACCGAAGUGGUGGCCACUCUGCAUCCAAAUGCGAUUGAUGGCCUUACGACUCCCGCAAAUUGGUGGGAGACGCCGGUGGGCAAGCUGAAAAAGGCCACCAUCAUUCGAUGCUAUUUGGUUUUGUACAACGAGAAGCUACCGAAUCCCCUGAAGUGGCUCACGCCCAUUAUCGAUGCGUAUGAAAAGCGGGCGGAGGAGAGGCCCUUCUUCUAUCGCCACCUGUCCGCCACUCUUUAUGCCUUUGGCAGCGAUGAGCACUCGUCCAAUUGGAUUUCGGAGAUGUUCUUGGAGAUCCAGAUGCUGCUGGCCGAGGCCUCCAACAAGGAGAAGGUUAACAGGGCGCUCUACUUGCUGGACAUCUUUAUCCUGGCCGUGGAUGUGCUCUCUGGCUGCGCCGUUCUGCUGGGCAGCGUGGAUGUGGUGGCCACGGAUGACAGGCAGCGACUGUCGCUAUUCCCGGAGAGCUUGCAGUACCUGUGCGAUCACAUCUUUUGGAAGGAUCAGGAGGCAAAGAUCUACGAAUUCCUCUUCAAUCUCUACAAGCACACGCACAUGCCAUCCAACUAUGCCGAUGUCUUCAGGGAGGCCAUCAUUUGCUCCCGGAAUAAGGCGUAUUUUGAUAACAAGGGCGUCUGGACCAAAUACGUAGGACUGCGUAAAUGAACACGACGACGAACACUCACCGCAUUUUAACCUCCCUCUCCGCCCACGCCUAAAGUGCACUUGAAUGGCUAAAGCCCCAACCGCCUACCGUCAAUGUUAGUCAAUUUUUGAUAGCAAACGCGUUCUUUGUUACUCGUAUGUGUUUAAAGUUUAAACCUUAACGUACAUUAAAUGCAUUUUUGCGCACAAAA